UCUUUCUAAAUUUGAAAAUAUAACCGUUAUCGUCUUUCUGAGUGACUUUGAGAGUGAGAAAGCGGUUUACAUUAGUAUUGCUCGAUAGGUCUCGAUUUUCUUUUAUAUUUCACUAUUAUACUCGUGUGUAAUUGUUGUUAAGGCGAAGGUCCGGAAAUGUAUUAAACCUUGUUGUCAGUUUUGUCUUUGUGUCGACUUGUGAGGCGUACCUGUGUCGCUUCAGUGUCAUUUAGAGGGAAACGUUAGUAUAUUCAAACUUACAAUUUCAGAAAACAAAAGUACACAAGCUAUUUUUUUCUGUUUAAUUAUUUCUGUCGAUUCAAGGUAAUAUCACGAGAGUGGAGGCGAGAAUAACCCGAUAGCAAGAGAGAGGGACAGAGCGCGACCAAAAAGUAGAAGACAAGAACAAUGUGGGCCAGAGCUGUUUGGAGGGAAGGUGAUGCUGAAAUGGAGGACGUUAUACCAUCCUGUUGGAUGAAGAAUGGCUGUGUUUUAUGGCCUGAUCAUGGAGCAAAAAAAGCCAUCAAAACCUUCAAACAACCUGAUGAUGGAUGGAUGACAUUUCCUCUGUUAAAAGUAAAAUUUCAGUCGGAUAACCGAAAGGAUUGUGACGACUAUGAUUUUACAACCACUGCUGAAUUGAGUUGCCCAGAGGAAGAGAAGAUUUCUGAGAAGAGGCAGCCAAAAAAAAAGUGCUACCCUGACUAUGAAAUGGGUGACUUUCCUGAUGGUGAGGUGAAACAAUGUGAAGAAGCAGCUGUUGCUGAACCCCAAGCUUAUCAGCACACAAAUGAUUUUCCUCCUCUUCCCCAUGUGCCCGAAAAAGUUAAGAAGAAUGUAAAUUCUUUUUGGGAAAAAGGGGGUACUGUUGCCAUCCAUCCUACCCAAAGCAGUCCUUCUGGACCAUUCAUAUACAGCCCCAGCAAGACUCUCUCUCAUGGCAAAGGAAGCCCCAGUAAAAAGUCACUCUUACAUGGCAGAAGAAGCCCCAGCAAGACACUCUCACAUGGGAGAGGGAGCCCCAGUAAGAAGUCACUCUCACGCGGCAGAAGAAGCCCCAGCAAGACUCUCUCUCAUGGCAGAGGAAGCCCCAGUAAGAAGUCACUCUCACGCGGCAGGAGAAGCCCCAGUCGGUCCUCCUCACACAGCAAGCAGCGAAGCCCCAGCCGGUCACUCUCAUCACAUGGCACGAGAAUCCCCAGCCCUUCCCCAUCACUCAUUAAGAAAAGAAGCCCCAAAAAGUCUCUCUCAACACAUGACGGUAAAAGCCACAGCAAAUCUCUCUCAUAUGCCAGAAGAAGCCCCAGUAAGUCUCUCUCAACGCAUCGCAGGAGAAGCCACAGCAAAUCUCUCUCAUAUGCCAGAAGAAGCCCCAGUAAGUCUCUCUCAACGCAUCGCAGGAGAAGCCACAGCAAAUCUCUCUCAUAUGACAGAAGAAGCCCCAGUAAGUCUCUCUCAACGCAUCGCAGGAGAAGCCACAGCAAAUCUCUCUCAUAUGCCAGAAGAAGCCCCAGUAAGUCUCUCUCAACGCAUCGCAGGAGAAGCCACAGCAAAUCUCUCUCAUAUGCCAGAAGAAGCCCCAGUAAGUCUCUCUCAACGCAUCGCAGGAGAAGCCACAGCAAAUCUCUCUCAUAUGACAGAAGCCCCAGCAAGUCCCUCUCACAAAGCUGUAACUGGAGUCCACCUGAAUACCUGUCAGGUAGACAGUUGAGUUCCUCAGACAGUCCGUCAUGCAGCAUGUCUGCAUCUCGUGAUGAAUUCCAAAAUGACAGUAAGAGGUAA